AUGGCCUUGGCCGUCACGGGCGACCCUUCAUGGGGAAGGGCGGUGGCGGUUGUUUGAUCGGGUUCGAUCGUUGCUUGCUCAGCUGAUUCGGCAUCCUUGGAAAUCUCGUUUCUUGGUCUCUACUCUGUGACAGCGCGAAGAUGAAAUUUUAGCCCUGCGUGAGUCGGCUUGGGAUUUAUAUGGAGUGCUCUCCCUGUUUAGCAAUAUAGGGCGUUGUCUUCACUGCUUCUACUCAGCGUCAAGUUUUCGUGAGUUAGGAGAGGGUUGAGGCGUCCGAAGCUUGGGUAGAUUCUUAUUCAGAGAGAGAGGGAACGAGUGUGUGCGUGUAUGUGUGUGAGAAAAGGAGAGAGAGAUAGAGAGAGAGAGAGGGAUUAUUGAUUCAAUUUGAGUCGGCUAUUGAUGGUUUGUAAAAUUGUUGAGAAGGGCAACCCUCUGCUUUUGUAAAGAAGGGAAUUUUGUUGUUGGGGAAUUUGUAGAAGGGUAGUUGGGAUUGUAGGGGAGGGUCUUCAGAAUGAACAGAGGUUGGGAUGGGGUUGGUUUUCGAUAUGAGGAUGGUAACGAUGGUGAGGUUAGUCUUGCUGGUGUAUUACCUUCCUGGGGUUUGGGUCACGAAUUUGCGGGAAAGCGCAAAGAGAGGGACAAUUCGAGUGAUGUUCCCGUAGGCGGGAAUGGUUCUGGGGAGGUUACUAGGGUAUGUAUGAUGAAACGCUCGAGGACGGAGGUGGAGGAGGGAAAGAAAGUUAGUGAGGGGUGCGACAGGACCCAAAACCGCGUGCACGACAGGAUCCUCAAGGGGUCUUUGCGAAGUGGUAAAGCGGGAAUCGUAUCUCGUCACAUUUGUGCCCAACUUGACAAUUCGGAAUCGAAGGACAUGGCGCAAGAGAAUUGCGCAGAACGAGCGGGGCGGGGGACCAUCGACAAGUCUUGGCGGUUCAUGUACUUCGAGAAAGGCAAUUGGGUCAAGUACUCUGAGGAAGCCAAUGCUGCUGUGUGGAAGUCGUUUAGAGCAGGCCGUUCGACGGCUGAACUCACUGUACAAAAGCGCGUGUAUACGCUGAAUUUCCCACAAAUGGUGCAGGUGAAUAAGGAAACAGGUUACGUUCGGUCGUUAGCAUGGAUUGACGAUGCUGGGGAGAUGAAGCGUCCUGCAAAUCCUAUCGCUGGUCCAGCUGGGUCAGGAGCGAAAUCGGGUGCCUUCGGUUUUGGCAUUCGGGUGAAUCAGCAUGGUGGAACAUGGCGAGAUGGUGCCACCGACUCGAUUUCAAGUAUUUUAUUAGGGUCGGAUGUUGGUCGUGGUUGUGGUUUAGGUCAAUGGGCUGCUGCUGGAAAUCCUGUAAGUGGAAGUGGCGACACGGGUUGUGAUUCUAUUGACGCGUCUGGCGACGAUGAGUUUACUAAGCUCACGUUAGGUCAUGUUAGCUUCAACUUCCAAGCAGAUCCAGCGGACUCGAAGCCUGCCGUAGCGAGCGUGGAAGACAAGCCUCCGAAAUUUGUGAACACUACUACCUUUUCGUCACAGAGGCUCGUUGGACUGGAACCUGGAGACAAAGACUUCGAGAAUGUCAAAAGAAUAUUUCUUAGUGGAAUUGGAAAUUUCGCUAGUGGUACGACUGUCACUGGAAUUCAUUGUGACUCAAGUCCAGCAGCUGUGGCACGACGGGAAGCAUUUGAAAGACAGAGGGAAUUGAAGGAAAAGGUUCGUGGUAAUGCAAAUGUGCGGUACGGAUGGCAUGGGACCUCCAAGAAAGGAGUGGAAGGCAUUUUUCUUCAUGGUUUUGGACAACCAAAGACAUCAAAAAAUGGCUCUGCUUAUGGAGUUGGUGUCUAUCUGGCCGUGGAGAAUCAAUCGUUUGUCAGUGCUAUUUAUGCGGAUAAUGACGAGAAUGGCGAGCAACAUGUGGUGUUAUGUCAGGUCAUCGCAGGGAAUUCCGAGCUUGUCAAGCAUGGAUCUGAACAAUUUCAUCCCAGUAGCGAAUCUUUUGAUACAGGGGUGGAUGACACCAUCUCACCGAAAAGGCUGAUUGUUUGGUCUACCCAUAUGAAUACUCAUAUACUGCCACUCUAUGUGGUCAGCUUCAAGUUACCCCCUCGUUGGCAUCAAAUGAUGGCCACGUUAAAUAGCAAGAGAAAGGGUUCCUCCACGUUCUGCCACCCAGUCCUGGAAAAGCGUUCCUUUCCUAUAAAUCAGACAUGUGGAAUGGCUGAAAAUCUGCGCAACAAAGAAUACGGAUGUAUGAAUCGUCGCCAGCGUCCAACAUCAGCCUUCAUCAGCUUCCGUGAUUUAUUUGCCCUUCUUCAGCUGUUACUAACUCCAGAGCAAUGUCUUGCAUUGAAGAAUUGCCAUGUCAAAUAUGAGGCUGGUGAAAUGCCUCGUGGAAUGCUUGUCCAAGAGAUACAGAAGAUGGUUGGAAGAGACUGUUUAAUCCAUGCGAUACAAAUGUGUCAAGGAUUCCAGGAAGGCCAAGCGGCCUCAGAUGUCAAGGCGCAUUGAGAGAGCUACCUUCUGAGACAAGCUUUACAUCGAUUUUUCUGGGCGUGGAUGCACUGAUGUACAUACCACACUGUUUUCAAGUGCUAGCCAAGAAUUUCAUUUGAGAAGUUGGCAAUGACAAUUUGCUACAAACGUAGCUAUAUCCUUACAAGGCGCUGCUGUUGCUUCUGUUUCAUUCGUUGAUGAAAUGGGUGACUUUAGUUGCUGAUAUACUAUGCGACGUGUACCUUUCAGAAGAUUACCACAUCCAGACGAUGUAGAAAGACCUCGUGUUCGUGGAACUUUGUUUUCUUGUCAGAGAUCACCCUCACUACUCAUACUCGAAGACUAUCUUAUAUAACAUGGUGAAAUCCUCGUUGCAACAAUUGUACAGGAUAUUCGGUUGCUUUAACUCUGUUUUUGGCCGCUUUAUGUUGUAGCUUAGAAAGCUUAGGGGGUUGAAAGGCCAAGAAUGCCCAACUCCUUCGAGAUUUGUCACUUCGCACUCAAUAUAGUAUAGAGGAUGUUGUUAUAAAAAUAUGAGCCGAUUCUUUGCUAAAAUAGGGUUUAAUUUUCACAAGCAUGAUAGUUAUCUCAUCCCAGACAGCUUUGUCAACGCGUCGGUUAAGGGCACAGGUACUUCAGUACAACAGGCUAGACUUGAGACGAACUUGCUUCCUCGCUAUUGAUCGAUUUAGUGAUCGAUUUAGCUCAUUCGCUCGUGUAUUGUGCAUGAGCAUCGAAAUUGUUUUAUAAAAUGCAGAGACUUCCCUUUUUCCAUGAGUGUUAACAGACUCAGUUGCUCUUAAACGAGUGGUAUGAUGCUAAAACAUUCGGAUUCUCUCAAGACUUUUAAAAUAAAUGCCUUCCAGAAGUGUA